CAGGUCACUUCACAAACUCUGAAGCACUCCGCGCGUGCAUGGAUGACAACUCCAGCUAUCGGGACUGCGUUAAGAGACCACUGUCUGAUGGCAUUUUAGUAAGACAUUUACAGUGAAACUUAUUUUUAGACGCAGGCUCAGAUUUGGAUGCCAUGUUACAAAGGUAACAGGGCCAGGUCUGACUGAGCAGGGCGUCAAAGGAACUGUUGGACUGAACUGAAAAAGGAGCACCAAAGUAUCAAGAAAUGGCAAAGCCCAUGGAUCAUGUUAAGCGCCCCAUGAACGCUUUUAUGGUGUGGUCGAGAGUUCAGAGGCGGAAGAUGGCUCUGGACAACCCGAAGAUGCACAACUCGGAGAUCAGCAAGCGCCUCGGAGGCGAAUGGAAACUCCUGUCAGACUCUGAGAAAAGACCUUUCAUUGACGAGGCCAAACGACUCCGAGCCGUCCACAUGAAGGAGCACCCGGAUUACAAAUACAGACCGCGGCGAAAGCCCAAAAACUUGAUCAAAAAAGACAGGUAUCAUUUUAAUGUCACGUAUAAUCUGGGUGAGGGGGACCCGCUGAAGAGCGCGCGCCUGUCCGGGGACGCGCUCUCGGACUCUUUGAGCGCGGAGAAAACGUCUGUCGCCGCCGCUGCUACUCGGGUGUUUUUCAGCCACCAUCUGUCCGCAAACCCCUAUCCUUUUCUCGACCUGAACUCUAAAAUAUCGGAAUUACCUCCUGCACCUUUCCCGCAUUAUUCCGUGCUCGGGUAUCCCAGCGGACUCCCCGCGUUUCCCGGGAUGGGGGUUCUGGCCGGUGCGCCCCACGCUCACCCGUCUGCGGGGAGUCCAGGUCACAUGCUGCCCUAUAACUGCCUGGGCUGGCCGGGCUCUGGACCUGCCGUUCCCUCAUCUUAUGUACUUUUACCAGGAAUGACCAAAGCUCAGCAUGAACCUUACCUGGCAUAUGCUGCAACGAUAUGAGUGGAGUUUAAAGGGCCACGCUGUUCAUGUGGUACAAGGUCACGUGCACUUGUUUGAAGUUUUGCAUUUGUCAAAAAGAAAUAAAUGUGUAAAAUAUUUGUGGAAA